CAAAAAAAAUGUAUAUGUGUACCCUUUGGAAUUCAUGUUUUGAAGUCAAGUAAAGAAGUUGAAAUAAUUGAAGUAAAAGGCAUAUGUGAUGGUAAUAUUAAUAGGGGACAAAAUGUGAAAGGAAAAUUCAAGAUUGUUAGGAGAAAUAUUUGAAGAUAUGGUGAGUACUCUUCAAAGUGUUGGGAGUAGUGGAAGAACAUCAACAAGUGAGGACAACAAUAAUAUUAAUGAUGAAGAUCAAGAGAUGACAAAAUUGGCAUUGGCUUCAUUUCAAGCCAGAGAAGAAGAAAUUGAGAGGAAAAAAAUGGAGGUGAAAGGCAAAGUUGAGUCUCAACUUAGCCGUGCUGAGGAAGAAACAAGGCGUUUGGUUCGUGUAUGGGAGGAGCUUGAAGUGUUGACCGAUCCAAUGAGAAAGGAAGUAGCAAUGGUACGCAAGAAAAUUGAUGUGAUUAAUCGUGAAAUUAAAUCACUUGGACAAACAUGUCAAAAGAAGGAGAAAGAAUACAGAGAAGUGUUGGAGGCUUUCAAUGAAAAGAACAAUGAAAAAACUCAGCUAACCUCCACUCUUGUAGAGCUGGUUAAGGAAAGUGAGAAAUUCAGAAUGGGGAAGCUGGAAGAGCUAAGCAAAGUUGUAAAUUCCAAACGCUAGUAAAAAUGUAAAACUCCAUCAUUGGCCAUUGUUGACACUAUAGAAUUACUCAAAUAUUUUUCUACGUAUAUUAUAAAAACCAAUUUAUUUUACCUUUUAUUUUAUUCCCUUCAGUAAUGUACCAAAAGUACCCCUCCUUCGAUUUGAUUUUUCACCACUGUUGAGAUUGUAAAAGGAAGAAAAAGGUGAGAUUUAUUUGGCUUUUUGUUUA